AUGUUAUCUAGGGUUAACCAUAAGAACUUUGUCAAUCUCAUUGGCUACUAUGAGGAGGAUGAACCCUUCAAUAGGAUGAUGGUAUUUGAAUACACUCGUAAUGGAACCCUCUUUGAGCAUCUAUAUGGUAAUACUCUCUUUAAAGAAAUGGAAGAUCUUGACUGGAGUGCAAGAAUGAGGAUUAUCAUGGACAUUACUUAUUGCUUACAAUACAUGCACCAUGAGUUAAAUCCACCAGUGGCACAUUCUAACUUGAAUUCACAUAAUAUCUUUCUAACUGAUGACUAUGCAGCUACGAUAAUCUCCUUCAUGGGUUGGCUUCAUUCUAUUUUGUUUCUUUAUUGUGCCUUCUCACCGUAUCUAUGGUCCAUCUUAGAUUGCUGA